AUGUCUAAAAUACCAAGCCAGCAGGUGGUCAUUGUCGGAAUCGACGCAAAUGCGAAGAUGGGACUCGAACAGCAGUCCGAUGUGCUAGGAAAAUGGUAUUAUCCAGCGGAGCGCAUGUCGGACAACGGUGCCCGUCUGGUCGACUUGUGCGAGCAGACGGGCCUCAUCAUCGCCUCCACCUUUAAGAGGAAUCAUCGACGCCAUCAGCUCACGUGGCAGGGGUCAACCCUUUUAACGCCUGAAGAGCAGCGCAAGUGGAAGAUGAGGACUCUUAAAGCUGUUUGGGACGUCGCGUUCGACUCUGACCACCGCCCAGUUCUUCUCAGCUUUAAGAUACGAUUCCACAAGAGAAACCGAAGAGUUCCUCUUCAACCGAAAAUCGAAAUGGCAAAUCUGAAAGACGAUGAAUGCAGAACAAAAUUCCGCCAGCGUGUGUCUAUUCAUAUUGGAGUACGGACCAGGAAGAAGCUUAGCGAUGCGGAUUCCUUCACAAAAUGCAUCCAGGACGCUGCAAGGGAAACGCUCCCGGCUCUAUUGUCGCGGAAGCAGUUUCCCUAUGCAUCUGCGGAAACAAAAUCCACGUACAAUUCUGUACGUGUCGCGCGCAGCGCUGGUGACUUCAACCAGGAAAAGCGUCUUAGAAGGAAGCUGCGUCGUCAACUGCAACAAGACCGCGAUAACGAGUGGACGUCAAGAGCGAUAGAGUUUGAGAAGGCGUGGGAGGACAGGAACCCGCGGAAAGCCUAUGCUCAACUAAAACAGUAUAGCGGCAAAAUGAAAGGUUGUUCCCCUGCCCUUAACACUGCCGAUGGAGUGGCUGUCGGUGAGGCAACCCUUCCAAUUUGGAGGGAUCACUUCAAGAACUUGCUGAACCGGCAAGCACCGUCAGCUUCUGAACUCGAACACGUUCAUAAGCCGACAUAUGCGGGUAAAGAGGAACCACCGACCGAGUCGGAGGUUCUGUUCUGUAUCCGAAUGGUGUAA